CUAGGUAAGGCAAGUGGCAGGAUGAGGUUACAACAUGGAUGUCCAUAAUCCCCCCUUUUUGUGUGGGAUUUACACAUUCCACCAAUGACCACCCCAGAUCCCCAUUUCUUCUUGUUACAACAACAAUCAAAUCAAAUCCACUUGUUCAACCAUGAGACCCAUGAGUUUGGUUCAUUCAUGUUCCAUCUUCACCGGAUCUUCAUUCAUCAAAACAACCCCCAUUAACAACAAACCCACUUUCAAGAUUCACCAAAGACCCACAAUUAGAUCCACAAUUUCUGCAGCAAUUGUUGAAGAAGAAGUAGUUGAGUUGCAACAAAAACCCAAACCCACUUUCAAUUUCAACGCUUACAUGUUGGGAAAGGGUAAUUCUGUCCAUAAAGCUCUUGAUGAAUCAAUUAUGAUUAAAAACCCACCAACAAUACAUGAAGCUAUGAGGUACUCUUUACUUGCUGGUGGGAAGCGCGUCAGGCCCAUUCUCUGUAUUGCCGCGUGUGAGCUCGUCGGAGGGGAGGAGGCCACCGCCAUGCCGGCGGCCUGUGCGGUGGAGAUGAUACACACCAUGUCUUUGAUACAUGAUGAUCUUCCUUGUAUGGAUAAUGAUGAUUUCCGUAGAGGGAAGCCCACUAAUCAUAAGGUUUAUGGGGAAGACGUUGCCGUUUUGGCAGGCGAUUCGCUGCUGGCGUUUGCUUUCGAGUAUGUUUCUAGUAGGACGGAAGGCGCAUCGCCUGCACGCGUCUUGGCUGCCAUCGGGGAGCUCGCCAAGUCGAUUGGGACCGAAGGGCUGGUGGCAGGGCAAGUGGUGGAUAUUGCUUCAACCGGGGGCCAAGAUAUCGGAUUGGAUCAGCUAGAGUUUAUACACAUACAUAAAACCGCAGCAUUGUUGGAGGCUUCUGUUGUGUUGGGAGCUAUCUUGGGUGGUGGGAGUGAUGCGCAGGUGGAGAAGCUGAGGACAUUCGCGCGGUGCAUCGGGUUGUUGUUUCAGGUGGUGGAUGAUAUACUUGAUGUGACCAAGUCGUCCGAGGAAUUGGGGAAAACCGCAGGGAAAGAUUUGUUGGUGGAUAAGACGACAUAUCCGAAACUGCUUGGGUUGGACAAGUCGAGGCAGUUUGCGGAGGAGUUGCUGGCGGAGGCUAAACAGCAGCUGGAGGAGUUUGAAUCGCAGGCGGCGGUGGCGCCGUUGUUGGCUCUGGCGGAGUAUAUAGCUUACCGCCAGAACUAAUGUUGUUGUAUUGUAACCUAGGUUGCUGUUGUCAUCAAUUUGAUUCAUACCUGUUUGAUGAUGUAAGAUUAAUUGACUUGAAGAAACAGGAGGCAAAUUAGAUUUUUCUUUUGAUUGCAAUAUACCACCUAUAUUAUCAUUCUGAA